AUGUCACACACGAUGGACGAGAAGCUGCGCGGCAGGCUGCUCCCGAAGAACACGGGCGUGAUCUGGACCGCCCACAACGAGACCUUCCGGCUCGGCAUGGGCAUCUCCAUGUUCCACGCCAUGCACUGUCUGCUGUUCCUGCGCAGUGUGUUGCAGGACAGGCUCGACGGCGCCGACAUAUCCUCGUCUGCGUACCGGUCGAGGCGCGGCGAGAGCUUGCACACGCACGUGCCGCACUGUUUCUCAUACGUGACGCAGCACGUCAUGUGCCUCGGCGACAGCACCAUCGAGCCGCCGUGGAUCGAGAAGGACGCGGCCGGAAACAUCCAGGCGUUCGGGAUCGACGGCUACGGUACGCACCACAAGUGCAAGGAUACGACGCGCAUGCUGGGCGUGGCUCGCCGCGCGCGAACAGAGACGUUCGAUCCCUGGGACUGGCAGGACGGCGACACGGUGGAAACCGUGUUUGGUAGCUGA